CGUAGCAGCAACUGUACGUCAGGGUGUUCGGGAGCUGUCGUCUUUAGUUCGGUUAGGUCCGCUGCUCUCGGUUACUCGGUGACUUCAACCUUUAAAAAACAACUUUCACCGAGAGGUAUCGCACUAACCAGUAGUGACUGACGGACCAGUCACGGUAAAACAGCGGCGAAGGGAGGCUUGCAGUCGCGGACACAUGGGUGGAUUCCUGUAAGUGCUUUGAUGACUUACGGCGUCUGGACGGGUGGAGUUUAAAAUAAACAACUAAAAGAUGUGAAGCCAAAGGAUCAGAGGAGCUGUCACUCAACGCUGGACAACACCCCUACCACUACUGCUGACCAAUCAGCACACAGCGUGGAGGUUUGUAUUGAAACCAACUAGAAGAAACCUGACCAGACAAAAUUAAUGGGUCAGAGAUUGGUCAUUUGACCCCUCCCCUAAUCAGUGACGAUGAACAUGAACAAGGAACAUCAUGCACCUAAAGUCGUAUCAAGAGUCUUUGCGUCUGGAACAGUCUGGCAUUCAGGUGCCAUCAUUUGGGAACCAACAGGGGGCGCUACUGAAGACCUGUGGCAGUAACCAGAGCACUAGCCAAAGCAGUGGCCGUCUCCCGUUCAGUGUGAUCUCCAACAACACGCUCCGCCGCAGCAGCACAGCGAACAGCAGUGGCAGCGUUACAUCAGUGUGGCUGAAGCCAUCACGGAAUUCAGCCCCACAUGUCCACCUGCUUUCACCAGGCUGUGAAAAUGACACACUCAGGUUUUACCAGAGUGAGGACACAGACUCCCCGCUAGACAUUUGGACCGUCAUCAAGCCGGGACAUGUGCGAGAGAAGAUUGCCAUCUUUGCCUCAGAAGGAGAAAGUGGUGAUCACUGUUCAGCGAGCGCUGACAGGACUUCACCUACAAACACACGGGGGGCUAAGGCUAAGAGCAGCUGGGAGGAGAAAAGUAGUGCAAAACGCCGUCGUCGGUCUGGAAGCAACCAUAGACCUGCACCGCAUCAAUCUGAGACGUCUAUGAAUGAAGGUGAUAUGGUGGCAGAGGCAGAGGAAGACGAGGAGCUAAAGGUGUCCGUGGUGGAGAUGGUGGCCUUCUUGGAGCAGAGAGCAAACGAGCAGCAGACGGACUGUAAACCUUCUCUCACUCUCCAAAGAAGCUCCACUACAAUCACUCUCUCCAGGGCCCCACCUACUGAGGUCAAAGAGGAGGAGGCAGAGAGUGUUAGGGUGUCAGACAUGGUCGCCAGGCUAGAAUCCAAAUGUCUGAGAAGGCGAAGUCAAGGUGAUGUGUCCAGGAGCAACAGUCUGAGAAGGACAGUGGGACGUGUCCUUCUUGUCUCUGCUGAACAAAGCCCCUCCCACUCUUCGCCUAUGUCAUCACUGCAGAAAACACCCUCCAAUUCAGACCACGCUGCCUCACCAGACCAGAACGCAUCUCCACACCCUGUUUUUGAUGAGGCAGAUGGGCGUAGCUGUCAGGUGACUGCACCACAGGGUGAGGAGCCCCCACCAGGCCUGUUGUUUCUGUGUCCUAUUACCAACUCAAACUCCAGCCCUAGCCACCCUAAAAACGACUCAGAGCCUGCUGUAAGCCCUUCCCCUGACCCUCCUGAGGCUGAGGGUGGGACCAUGGACUUCUUGCUGAUGCGUCAGCGCGUACGUCAGCUGUUGGAGCCUCAGCCGCUGCUUGCCCUCUUACCUCACCACCUGCUGGUCAGCAUCUUCUUGCUGCUGGAUACACGCAGUCUUGCUGCCCUCAAGUGCGCCUGCCGUUACUUUAACUUCCUCAUUCAGACAUAUGGGAUUCGCCCAGCCGACGCUCUCUGGGUCUCCCACCCACGAUACAGAGAUGACCCUUGCAAACAGUGUAAGAAACGCUACUUCCGCGGUGAUGUGUCGUUGUGUCGAUGGCACCACAAAGCUUUCUGUCAGCCGCUGCCGCAUGGACCAGGGUUCUGGAUGUGCUGCCAUGGCAACCACAGGGAUACACCUGGGUGCAAUGUGGGCCUCCAUGACAACCGGUGGGUGCCUACCUUCCACAGCAUCAACUCUCCUGUUUGUGGGCGGAGCCAGAACAUUGAGUGAAAAAGGGCACUCAUAUCAGAUCAGAAUAUUUUGUGAAAUCACACCCCUGCACCUUUGAACAUGUUUACCUGAAAAGUUUUAUUGUGAUUAACAGUGAUUUCUUCAGUGUGUGUGUGUGUGUGUGUGUGUGUGUGUGUGUGUUGCUGUCAGAGCAGCAGGGUGGUGCCCCCUGCUGAUCAGGAAUCUUAGGAGGUGUCCCAUUCAGGACUCCUCCUCCUGACUUCUGCCCUAACUCCUACUCCUCCUCCUUUCGUACAUAUUGAUGAUUGAGUCGUGCGUCGCCAGCAGUCACUGACGAUCACAAUGACGUCACUCCUUUUAACCAGAGUUCAGACUUUAUCCUUGAAAAAUUGUUAAAUCAGCUGAUCAGUAAAGAUCAGUCUUCCUCAAUCACUAUAUUUUAUGAUUGAUUAUCGUGAUUAAGACUGACCUCUGAAAACUUCAGGAGGCUUUGUUAAAAACUCAACUCUACUAGUAAUUGAUAUUUCAAGAUAAAAUCUGUCAUGCCAAGAACUCGUAAUUUUAUUUCCAGUGAUUCAGUGUGCGAGGAGCCGAUCAGUUGAUCGAUUGAUAGUUAUUAUGGUGGAUGUGAGUGGUCAGGUAAGUGAGGGGCAGAGCUUGUGUAUUUGUUUACAUGUCAUCAGCUGUCGUGGCCUUCGUGUUUCUGAGAUGAUGCAAUAAAAGAAAAGAAUCAUGUUUUAUUUUUAAAA